AUGGCAUGGCAUGGGCAUGGAUACAGUCAUAGAGUAACAGAGCAACAGAGGCAUGGCAAGGUAGGUUACAGACCUCGGUGGCCGUGCGCCCGCUGUCUGGUACGGGUGCGGACCGCGGACCCCCUGCGAUGCGCCUCAUGUCAUCAAGAAUCGUGCGUGCUCUUGGAAAAGCAAGAGACAACCUUACCGUACCUGCCUUGCUACGGUGCUGUACCUUACGUCGUGUGCUCUGCACUCUGCGGCCCUCGUGCUUGUCCUCGUCCCCGUCUUCGUCCUCCAGCCCGCUCUGUGCUCCAAGCGCCCGUGGUACGUCCUCGCCAGCUUUGCCCUUGGGGCCCAGCCGUUUCUCUCCCGCUCUCGCCCUCUCCCCACUCCAGGGCACAUCUACUCCGCUCUAGAUCUUCGCCAUUCCCGGACAGGCAAUGCGCCAGCCGCGCGCGCGUGUGCGCCUUGCCAGCUAAACUGCCUCCGGUAAGAAUGGUAGCAUCUGAGGGACCCUUGGCGGGGGUUCGUCAUUGGGCCAUCAUAGCACCGAGUGGGAGUGCCAUCCAUCCCGGUCCGCCCCUCUGCUGCAGCGGGAGCUUUUCCACGGGCGUAGGUGCUUUGCUUGUCCAGCGCUGGAUGGCUGGAUGGGCUGGGUGGCUUGGGGGCCCCCCGAGCUCCCAUCUGCCUUCCUGGUGUCAUCCAGAUCUGUACAUGCCUGCACUCGUCCCUUCCCAUCUCGGCGGGGUCAACAACAAGGGAGACCUUGCCAGCCAGACCUCUCCCUCUCCGCCUCGCUCUACAGCAUUUGCCUAUCACCUUCCGAGUUGCCCACCCGCCCAGUACGGUCGACCGCGGCUCGACCUUAUCCUUGCCAAGUCGGCACUUCAACUCGUCCAAUGUAAGAUAUGGCCUGCCCUGCACUGCACUACCUCGCCUUGGCUGGGGCAUUGGGGCAUUUGCAUUGGGGCACGCUGGGGCAGGUACCGCCCAUCCUGCCUUGCUCUCCCGCACCUGCCCAAGUUGUCCUAUUUUACCUCCUGCUUCGUACCGACUCGGGAGCUGCCUUGGUACCUUGCCUUACCUCAUCUCACCUCACCUCAACCUCCCGACCUGCCGUCUGGUAAGUACCCUACCUACCUACCUACCUACCUGGCCUACCUUACCUUGCUUCGUACCUUACCCAACCUUGCCUCGCCUCGCCUGGCAAUCCCUUGCUUCACCUCCGCUUCCGCUUCCGCUUCCACCUCCAGACUUCCGGUGCCCCGGCUUGUACCUCCACCCCGGCUUCGUCUCUCCUGUGCUGUGCCUCUGCACUGCGUCGCCUUCGUCACCCUUCUACCUGCCUUCUUCACGCCGGCUGCCACUGUCCCGAGGCUGCGUCGUCGCCAGCUUUUCUCAGGCUCACAAGCUCUCCUCCAGCAAACCUCCUCCAGCUGCGAGCACGUCAAAACUACCCACCACGGGGCUUCGUCCUGUCCCGGCCGCCUUUCUCUUGGCUUCCGUCGUCGAUCCAAAGCUUCGCCGGCCAUCUACACAUCUCGCUCUGCAGCCAACGGUCCUGCGGCUACAUCCAAUAGCUGCCGACAGCAUCGAGGGCCACGGCUCCACGCCCGAUCGCGAUCCUCGGCACUUGGAAGACUCGCCGACGACCUGCACGCGAGACUCGCGUUCCCCGGCCCCGUUCCAGAGAUACCACAGCCCGGCAAAGCUGGGGGGUGUGUCGCCCCUGCGGACCCAAUCCCCCGUCUCCCUCAAGCGCCAGCGUCUCUUACACGUCCUCCGCCUGCCUGUCCUGCUGGUUGCCACCUCUCGAGUUACACGGCCAGUGUUUCACGCCCUUCAGUCGUUCUUCUCGCCGGUAGCCAUUGUUUGAGCCGCCGUGUCUCUCCUGCCACCUUUGCGCCGGCUGUUCUCGCUCGUCGUUGCUCCGGCCCUGCAGGCUCGUCCCCUGACCUUUUCCGUCUGCGAGCUCGCCCAUCCGUCAGCUCACACGGAAGUAGGAAACGAGGCUCCAUCGAUGCACUUUUUGGACCUUUGCGCAAUGUAAAUAACCGCCUGGCCAUGGCCGAGAGAACCAGCGCGGCCUCGGCCCCAAAGGCGGGUCGUUCGGACCAGACACCACCUCUCCAGCAUGACGAUGACAAGGAAGACCCCAAGGGCAAGAAACCUAUGGUGAAGAAGAGAACCAAGACUGGCUCCUGCCGCAAGCGCCGCAUUAAGUGUGACGAGAACAAGCCAAGGUGCAAGAACUGCAUCAAGUCCAAGCGUGAGUGCGAAGGGUACAACCAGAGGGUCGUCUUUAAAGAUCCCAUGGGGGCACAGCAUGGCCAUUUCGCACCUCCACUCUACUCGGCUGGCACCGCGUAUCUCGGUGACCACUUGGCUGCCCACCACGCUAAGCCACCCGCUCCGAUGCCUCUUCAGGCCAUUGCCCCAAAGCCUUCGCCCUUCGACUUCGGCCAGCCACAUAUGCUGCCCCGGCAGCCCCAGAACGGCCUCGCCGCCCACGACUUGGGCUUUGGCCAUGGCCCCAUCGAGGGGCGUCCGUCCAUGCCCAACCCCUUGCUGGGGCCUGACUUUGCUGCAAGUCAAGAGCGGGGAGAAUAUCUCCAGGACGAUGCCGCCUUUUACAACCAGCGAAAUCUCAACGUCUCGGAUGUUUCUUCGGCAGAGCAGCGACUUCGGUCCACUGGUAAUGGAGCCUCGAACCACGCAUCCUCGGGUGCCUUUCGGGACCCUGAAAGCGAGUACGAGGAAGACUUGUCGGACGAGGAGAUGUACAUGGCCGAAUCUGACGAUGAACCGUCUGCGUUACCAGAUCCCAAGGAGCUGGUAUCAGCCGGGUCUCGCCACAUGUUCUGGCCAUAUCCAAGGGGAGGGGCAGUCGUCAGGACAUUCUCGGCCUUUGCUCAGGAACAGGCUUUGGCCGAGUAUAUGGACUACGCGCCCAAUUCGGAGCUUCGGAAUCAAGCGAUGAGAACCAUCUUCAUGCACUUCGUAAGCGUUACGGGCCCAUCCAUGUCGUUGUAUGAAAGAGAUCCCACUCCGCUUGAUGGAUCUGGAAGCUUCGAAGGCAACGCCGAACUCGGCCACAACCUCUUCAGUUGUAAGUCUCACACAUUUCCAGUCCUUGCUUUGAAUCAUCCCGGCCUGCUUCACGCCAUCAUGGCCAUUGCGAGCUUGCAAAUCGCAAAACUUCAGGGGACACCGGCCACGGCCGCGCUGAAGCAUUACCACUGGUCCAUUCGGCGAAUUGCCAAGAACGUGAAAUCGCCCUUGAAGCGAACCAAGCUGUCCACACUGGCAGCGACUCUCCUCCUGGCCUAUUUUGAGGUCUGGUCGUCGGACCACUCGAAGUGGUGCAGCCACCUCUUCGGCGCGAGGCUGCUCUUCCGUGAGAUCGCGCUGAGGGACAUGUCUCGAGUCUGUUUGCCGGUCAAGCGAAUGAAGGCUUUUGCAGGUGCAGGUCUAGACAAAGACGUCAGCGACCUUGACUACGACAUCCUGAGCCUCAUCACAGGAACACGUCUCUCCGCUGAGGACUAUGGACUGCAAGGGGGACAGCUACUAGACGAGAGAUGCCUCUACACCACGGACCGGGACGUGGAGCAAUACGACAUACUGCGAGAUCUCUUUUGGUGGUACGCCAAAAUGGACGUCUACCAGAGUAUACUAGGGGGCACGAACAUGGAUUACGACGCGUGGACACAAUGCCCCCCGAGGGCGCCGCUCUCCAACUUCAAUGCCAUGUGGGUCGUCUAUGGCACCUACGAUCAUCUCAUUCUGCUCCUUGGCAGGCUUGCAAGCUUCGCGUCUCGCGACCUGUCGCGGAAGCGGAAGGCGAAUAGGCCGCAGAGCGCCAGCCCCUCAGGCGGUUCUCCACCGCAGUUCCCGGGCAUCGUGCCAACACAUGGGAAGUUCAACGUCCCUUUGGGUUUUAGCCCGCCGAUGGAGCAGUCCCCGAACACGGAUUCCAACGAUGAAUUCGCGUCUCCACAGACGGUCGAAGCGGCGGAACACGAGUGGGAGAGCAUAAGGCAGGGCUUCGAAGCGCUGGAAAGCUGUCUCGGAGCGCAGUUCAAGCCGCUGAAUAGCGAAUACACGGAUCGCAAGGAGACGCCGUUCGGUUCGGCGCUGCAGUACCGCACAUACUCGGUUGCCGGUAUCUGGAUGAACUACUACAUGGGUUUGAUUCAUUUAUAUCGAAGCCGCCCCAACAUGCCGCCAGCGGCUAUGCAAGCAGCACAGAUGGCUGCUCCAUCAACCGCCGGCUAUGCCAUUCAAAUCGGGCGCAUUGCGGCGGGAUUGGCGGAUGACUCGUCCCGGAGACUCGACGUCAGCACCACGCUGGCUGCCGCGUUCAUCGAGAGCUGCUUCUGUCUCUUCGUGGCUCUCCAAAACAGCGACCAACGCACUUGGGUAAUACAGCGUAUGUUCGACAUCGCCCGCCUCACGGGCUGGCAGUCGGCCAUGAAAAUCGCCAUUGGAUGCGAAACGGCGUGGCUCAAGGCCCACCAGUUGGGACAUGGGCCCGCGUACAAGCGGCCUGAGCAUUUGCAAGACGUGCCAAUCUCCGUGUGGAUGAUGCCUCGCAGGUUGGAUCAGAGGAUUUCAGAGCUGGACGGCAAAGAGGAGCAGCGCCUCGUGCUCGUGAGGUCGGAACAGACGAGUCUGGCUUUUGGACUCUUGGGAGUCGAGAAGGACCUUGACCGUGUCGAGUUGGAAGACGACGAUUGA